AGUCUCCGCAUCCUUCUUUGGGAGAAGAAACAAAGAAACAAACCUAACCCAGAGCUUCAGAGCAUAAAAAUGGUGCAGCGGCUCACCUAUCGCAAGAGGCAUAGCUAUGCCACCAAAUCCAACCAACACCGGGUCGUCAAAACCCCUGGUGGGAAGCUGGUGUAUCAGACCACGAAGAAGAGGGCUAGUGGCCCCAAGUGCCCUGUAACUGGGAAGAGAAUCCAAGGGAUUCCUCACUUGAGACCCGCUGAAUACAAGAGGUCUAGGUUGCCUAGAUGCAGGAGGACUGUGAACCGCCCCUAUGGUGGAGUGUUGUCCGGCAGUGCUGUCAGGGAAAGGAUCAUCAGAGCCUUUUUGGUGGAAGAGCAAAAGAUUGUGAAGAAAGUUUUGAAGAUUCAGAAGGCCAAGGAAAAGCAAGCUUCUAAAGCCUAAGUUGUGUGUUUUGUGUUGUGCAAGACAUGACUUGCUGGUUUUAGAGACAAACCUAUUUUUGGAUACAUCUUAGCAUUGAGGAUUCUUGAAUGUGUAUUUUCAUGUUUUUUGGGAUACUCAGAUUUGUAUUUUUCUUUAUGUUUUGUUGAAUGUUUAUCUCACUUAUGCUAAGAUUUUGUUUUGCAUGUUA